AUGGCCGCCCUCAACAACGAUGGCGCCUGCGCCCGCAAACAAAAUGGUCGCCGCGCAGCAGCGCUGGAGCCUAGUGAUUGGUUCCUGUGCGAGUGUCCCACCUCCCGGGGCAGGGCAGCCAAUGGGGGGGCUCUCCCGGCCUUAGCGGGGCCGGAGCCGCGGAGCCCAGCCCGGGCCCGCUCGGUGCCGCCGAGGCGCUGCGGCAGGGAGGGCCGCGCCAGGCCCCAUCCGCGGGGCCGGGCCGUUGGGCGCAGCCUGGGUUGCCCGCUGAUCCCGGCACCGGAGGCUCCGGCCGGGCCCUCCCCGCCCCCCGCUGAAGUGAACCCGGGAGCCUGGGGGUCCUGCACCAUGCUGCUCCAGAGGGCCGUGGCCAGGGAACCCCCCCCCGGGGUGGGCAGCCCCCGGGGGCCUGGGCUCGGCGGCACGGGCUCCCACCCGGCCAGCCCCGGGCUGGUAUUUGCCCCGACGCCUCCCUGCAAACCUGCUGCGGCCGGUCCCAGCCCCGCCUGCCCGCCCUUCCUCGCCAGCGGGAGGAGGAGGAGGCGGCAGCUGCGGGCCCGGGACGGCUCUGGAAGGAGCGGGAGCGGGGCCACGGCGUGGGCCGGACGGGACGUGGGGGGCUCAGCUGUGUCCGCCACCAGCUGCCUGUCGGACUCAUCCCUCAUGGCAGGGAAGCUGAGGAGGAGUGGAAGGGGGGUGAUGGAGGAGAAGCGGUGGCAGAGCCUGGAGGAGAGGAGCAGCGCGGGCACCCACCUGGGACACCCCGUACUCGCCAGAUCCAAAACCUGCGACCCCUCCUUCUGCAAGGAGACAGAGCAGACUGCAACACCCGCGGGCAGGCAGGAGCACCCGUCCCUGCCGCUAAGCAAGCGCGCCGCCAGCUACUGCAAAGCCUUUGGGGAACUUGCUGAGCGGGAAGCGCUGCUGGCCUGCUUCUCCUGCGCCUGGCAGAGAGAGGUGCCCUACCACGGCCGCCUCUACAUCUCCUCCCGCUAUGUCUGCUUCCACUCCAGCCUCCUGCUCAAGGACAUCAAGGCGGUGGUCCCCAUCGCCUCCAUCUCAGCCAUCAAGAAGACCAACACAGCGCUCCUGGUGCCCAACGCGCUCAGCAUCCGCACGGCUGAGGGGGAGAAGUUUCUCUUUGUGUCGCUGCACCAGCGGGAGGCCACGUACCAGCUCCUGAAGUCAGUCUGCAAACACUUGCAGGAUAACAGCCGGAGCUCUCUGGCCUCUCCGAGCACCAAGGAAAUCCUUAGCAAGUCUCUGACCUCAAGCCAGUUAGACCCGGAACAGAGCACCCUGGAGCAUGACAGCCUCCAGGAGUCGCUGGAUGGGCCAAGCCCAAUGCCAAGGCAAGCAGAGGAGGAGGAGGAGGGCGAAGAGGCAGCGGCACUGGCUCUGAGCAGCGGCGAGCGAGCGCCCUUGGCAAAGCUGCACAGCUUCAGCGGGGGACCCCACAUCGCAUUAUGGGCCCGCACCACCGUGUGGCUGAGCCCCCUCAACACCGUCAUCCUCAUUUACCUGCUGCUGAUGGUGGCCCUGCUGCUGUCCUCGGGGUACAUUGGUCUGCGCAUCAUGGAGCUGGAGCAGCAGCUGGCGUCCGUGGGGGCUUUGCCAGGCCUCAACCUGUCGCACCAGUACAAGAUGACAUGAGGCCAGCACAGACCCAGCCAGCACCGGGCACCAGCCUCGGCCCCAGCCGGGGGGUCAGGCUCAGGGACUGCUCCCAGCCCUUCCUCCGCCUCUCGGGGAACAGCCGGGAGCUCCAUCACCAAGUGCCUUCCAGCUCCCCCAAUAUGCCUGGGGAGCCCACGCAGGCCGUGGGGCUCCCUCCAUGUCUCCCCCACCCCGUCCCUGAGCAGCAGCAGGAGGAACCUGGGCAGCUCCGAGGCCAAGGAGAAGGGCACAGGGGGCAGCUGGGGUCAGGCCCCCACCACCCACCUCUCCCUGCCAAGGCAGAGGGGGGGUCCUGUAUCACACAAGGCAGG